AUGCACCAACAAUUUUUAAAUCAAAUUAUUUUAAAACCGAUGGAGAAUAACACCUCUACCACAAAGAGUCUCGGAGAAAUUAAUACCUUAAAAUUGAAAGAAGCUUUAGAAUAUUACAUACUGCACAUGAUGAGCGUUGACCAAUUAAAUGCUCAGUAUAUGAAAAAUUUGGGGUUCCAAAUGAUUAGUACGAAGCCUAAAGACCCAAGGUCAUACAUGAUGAGGUUAACCUUUGAGGAAGAAAGGAUAUUGCGUGAUCAUGUAAUUCACCGAUCAAAUUCCCAGAUUCCUUUCAAUAUCAAGUUCAUCACAAAUGCAGCUAAUUGUUCACUUUUGGACAAAUUCUCUGCUUUAACCAUUUUCCUAGGGUGUCCCCUUCUUUGGAGAGAAAGGAAUCCGGCAUUGAAGAGUGUAAAAUUCAGUCUUCAGCAACGGACAAGAACUCCAGCUGAUUGGAAAGCUGCUAUUUCUUGGUUUCACAAUUUUGAGUCGUUUGUUAAGAAACUUAACCUUAACCAGAGUCAAACGGCAGUGGAGUGGCUUGAGAAAUUAUUCGUCAGGGAAACAUGGGCAGGCGAAGACUUCCCAUAUACAGGGUUGAUACUUGAAGAAUUGAGUUGUUUCACUAAUGAUGAAUUUAAAGCUAAAUGCGAUGAAAACAAAAUUGCCGUUUUCGAACCAACCACUCAGAUAUCCACUGUACAACGUACUGUAGCACUGCCAAGCACACCAUUAACUAAUGGGCUUAUCCAAGAAGAUGCCGCCAGACUACCCAGUAACGCACUGGCAGAUGAUUUUGGCAUGCAAAAACCACUAUUUAAUAAUACGCUGACUUAUGAGCCAACUACGACCCAUAUUGGAGCUGUAACUGCAAGUGAUUCUAAUUCAACUAGUAGCAAACUUGAAGAAUGCAAAGAAGAAAAAUCGGUAAAGCAAGAUGAAGAUGUCGAAUAUCGAUGGCAAAAAGCACUGCACUAUGAACAUUUAUUUCAAAAGGCAUCAAAGUUCUUUUACAAAACACUGAUGCUAGGAGGAUAUAAGUUGAGUAAUGAACUUUAUGAUCCAGAGAAAGAAAAAUUGUCGGCUGAGUUCAUUGAUCGAGCGCUCCAGGCCACUAAAGAGAGGUCUUAG